GGACACACAUUGAAGACAAUGCACACAAACGCUUUGUUUGCAUAUACUAGCAAGCAUCUGCCUGUAAUCACUAGAAAACUUGGUUAUUCAGAUGAUACCCUCAACGCUUUUAACGAUCGUUUCGGCGAGUUGUCUGUGGAGGAAAUUCAGAAAGAAGACUUGACUGAAUUUCUGGACGACUACUUCUUGCCACCCGGUAGUGAGAUGAUUCCGUGCACUCCAUCAGACUGGGUUCCGUAUCCACGCAAGAUCAUGCAAAUAACAGAUCCAAUCCUCAGACAUUGGGCGCUCGAUCUGAACGAAAUCUGGAAAUCGCUAUGCAAACGAAUUGAUCCCAAGAUCGAGAAAUAUGAAUCGCGUUAUUCGUUGAUCUACGUUCCACAUGAGUUCAUCAUGCCCGGUGGUCGUUUUCGUGAAUUCUAUUAUUGGGAUUCGUAUUGGAUCGCUAAAGGGUUGAUUGCAUCGGAUAUGUUGAAUACAACCAAAUUGAUGAUUAUGAAUUUGGCGCAUAUCGUUGAAAAGUAUGGCUUCAUUCCGAACGGUGGACGAAUCUACUAUUUACAACGUUCACAGCCACCUUUCUUGACCGGAAUGGUCUAUGAAUAUUUCGAGAGUACGCAAGAUCGUGACUUUCUUAAGCAGAUGCUGCCGAUAUUAGAGAAAGAGUUCGAUUUUUGGCAAACGCAGAGGACUGUAAACGUUACAAUGAAGGACCGUCGACAAUACACGGUAUAUCAGUAUCGCACACCGAGCAAUGUACCUCGACCGGAAUCCUAUCGUGAGGACACAAUCUCAGCCAGGGGUAAAGACAGAGAAAGCCGUCAUAAAUUAUGGCAGGAUCUAGCAAGUGCAGCAGAAUCUGGAUGGGACUUUAGCACGAGAUGGUUAAGUGAUGGAAAGACGCUGAGUCAAGUGGAAACAACCAGAAUCUUGCCUGUUGACUUGAAUGCUUUCAUGUGCUGGAAUAUGAAUAUCAUGGAGUAUUUGUAUGGGCUUGUUGGUGAUCUGCAAAAUGCAGUUAGAUUUCGCGAUUACCGUUCAACAUUCCGCGACGCAAUGAAUAAUGUCUUCUACAACAAAACGUUAGGUGCUUGGUUUGACUACAAUAUGCGCACACGCAGUCAUAACACCGAAUUUUAUCCGUCAAUCGCUGCACCUCUUUUCACUGGUUGCUACCAUCUGCUCAAUCAGCAACUCUCUGAACGAGUCUUUCAACUCAUGAAUAAUUCGGGUGUAUUCUUGUAUCCGGGCGGUGUACCAACCAGUUUGAAUCGAAACAGUGAAGAGCAGUGGGAUUUCCCGAAUGGUUUCAGUCCACUCAAUCAUAUGAUUAUCGAGGGUCUUCGCAAAUCCGAGAAUGCUCAGAUGCAAGAUCAGUACAAUGUAAUUGGCCAUUAUGCUCGACCAGGUGCAGGAGGUGAAUACGAAGUGCAGGAUGGUUUUGGUUGGACGAAUGGGGUCGUACUCGACCUGCUCACAACGUAUAACGAUCGUAUGUCUGUGCUCGGUCCUGGUCUCGAUGAUAAAUACUCGCCGUUCAGACCACAAACGGAUUUCUAUUUCCGUGAUGAACCCUAUCAUUCAGAUUCGCGAUCGUCAAGGAGUGCUCUCAACGGAGCAUCUCAACAACUCAACGAUCUCCGAUCAUUCACUGUUUUUGUGCUUUCAAUUUUAGUCGCGUCGAUAUUUCUGUAA